AUGGCGGGGCCGGUCACGCAGCAGGUCGGGCGGGCGCGGGGCUGCGGGCGGCGGGGGGAGCCGGCGGGGCUGCGGGAGGAGACCGCCCGCUGCCCGGUGCUGGACCGGGACGGCAGGAGCCUCCCCUUCCAGGCCCUGUACGGCGAUCGGAAGGCGAUCGUGGUGUUCGUGCGGAAUUUUUUGUGUUACACCUGUAAGGAAUAUGUAGAAGAUCUGGCAAAAGUUCCCAAGGCGUAUUUACAAGAAGCAAAUGUGAGGCUUAUAGUUAUUGGACAGUCAUCUUAUCAUCACAUCAAGCCCUUUUGCAGUUUAACUGGGUAUACACAUGAAAUGUAUGUAGAUCCACAAAGGGAAAUUUAUAAAACGCUUGGCAUGAAAAGAGGUGAAGGUAAUAACAUAUCAGUGCGGAGCCCUCACGUGAAAUCAAACACCCUUCUGGGAAGCAUCAGGAGUAUAUGGAGAGCAAUGACUGGCCCGGCUUUUGAUUUCCAAGGAGACCCUGCUCAGCAGGGAGGAGCUUUGAUCAUAGGCCCAGGCAAUGAAGUUCAUUUUUUGCACCUUGAUAAAAACAGGCUGGAUCAUGUUCCCAUUAAUACAGUUUUGCAGCUGGCAGGAGUUAAAACUGUGAAUUUCUCAAACAAACCCCAGAUCAUUGACAUAUGACACUGACAUACUAUAUACUUUUUUUUAAACCUGUGCUCUACAAGAACAAUUCUCCAGUGAAUUCCAACAAGCAUUGGUAAUGUUGUGUCUUUGUAGGACAUCUGAAACCUUAUCUAGAAAAUCAGAGCACCGAAUAAACUACCUGGCACUGAAGACAGACACAAAAGUGCUAUUCCCAAUGAGAUAAUAAAAACUAAAACACAACUGGGGCUGAUGGCAAAAAAUCCUGGGGCUUAUUAUUGUAUCAUGAAACAAUCUUGCUAAUAUAUUUUAAAAAUCAUUGUUCCAGAUGCACUAAACUAAAAAAAUCUGAUUUUGGUCAGGAAGAACAUGCCUUCAGCAGAUCAACACUAACUUUCAAACCAAUACUUCUCAGCACUGUUUUAAAGCUUCAAGCACCGUGUGACAAUCUUGUAUUAAAAUAUACCCUGAAAAGUCACAGUGUUGAACACUGGGGCUUAAGCUUAUACCUACUUUUGCAUCUGACACUGGCAGACAUUAUGAAAUGCAUUUCAUAAUUUUAAAUAAAUAUUUUAAAUACAUCA